UUAACAGAUUCGAAAGACAACGCUGUAUCAACACCCCAGAGACAAAGCUAAGCUCUCAACCACAACUUUCACCUGCGAACUAUAGAACAUUAAUGACAGGACGUUUUCCUCCUGAUACCGCAUUUUUCGAUCAAGGUUCAGACGUUACAUGCACUUGUAGAUUAGAUCUACUUACUAAUAUAAGACAACUCAAUACGCCUGAACGCUUUGGCACACUUAGCAGUGAAUCAAACUCGUCACUCGAAGGAACAAUGCAAUUAAACCUGGGACAUAAGAACGGUACAAUCAACUGGAUCGAAACAGAAGCGUAUUAUAGUCCGCAUUACAAUUCAACAAUUCUCUCUGUCAGAAUACAGAUACAGGGCUGAACAUACAGCAUCAUUUAGUGACUAAGGAUAGAAGGAACAAGGAGUUACACCAAGAACCAAGAGGAACACCGAGGCGCAGUAGAGGACAAGAGGACGACAAGGAACAUGAGGACAGUAGAGACUAUAUAAAGAAACAUAUCUUGUAAAAAGAAACAAUCAUCUUAAAUGAUCAUUCUAUAACGUACUUAUACU